AUGGAAAAAUCUCCAAAAGCCCCUACAAGGAUCCCUCAAAACACCUUUUCCAAGUCCACCUACGAAACCUCCCUCCUCAAUCUCGAAACCACCAACUCCGAAUCCAUCCUUUCCACUCUCCACCACGGAAGAAUGGUCAAGCUAAACUUCCCUAAACCCAAAAAGACUCUCUAUCUCCACUCAAGAUCAAUCAAAGGAAAACCUCAGGCCAAGUACUACAUAUAGAGAAGAAAUAUGUUAUUGAAGAUGUCAGAUCGAGAAGAGAUUGGUACAUUCCAAGUGAUUAUGAGUUUUAUAAGAGUUCAGGAGGGAUGUUAAGAGAUUUGUUUUGAAGUAAUAAUGAGUUUAUGCAGUCUUGUGGCACACCUAAGAAGAUUAUAAUUGGAAAUCAGCUUAAUGGCUCAUUCAGCUUACAUGAGAGGUUCUGGAGAAGAGUGGUGUAUAAGAAUAUAGGAGUAUGCAUUGGGAGUGUGAUGCUGGAUAACUUUACUCUUACAAAAAAUGAUGUUUGUAGAAUUUUACUUUGUGGAAGACAUUUAUCGUCUAUUUCUCUCGUUUAUUGAGUGAUCCCAGACCAAAAAUUUUCUGAAAGUUUCUUUGACUAUUAUCAGCACGCCUCAAAGAUGAAGCACAAGAUUGUAAAUUUUGAUUACUGCAGUAGAGGUUCAAAGUCUUCCUCUGCUAAUGAAAAGGCAAUGAUUUGAAACCUGAUGGGUCCAAUUCUCAAAUCAGAAAUAUCUCAGAAAAUGAAGAAAAUUUCUUUUGGAGGUGCUUGUUUAAAAAAUAAAACUAAAACCCUGAUGGAAAUAUUAGAUUAUAAAAGAAUUAGAAGUUGCUUCAAGUCAGAAGUAAGAUUCAUACAGUUUGAAUUAGUUCCAGAAUAAUUCAUUAGCUAUAAUUCAAUCUUA